UCCCACAGACGACAGUUGUCAAUCCCCGCUCUUCGCACGCGCCGCGCGACCUGCGCAGUCGCAAUCAGUUACGAUCAUCCACCAUGCGAGUGUUACUGGUGCUGUGCUUGUUCACCAUCAUCGUUGGAACCUUUGCAGCGCCAGCGCCGCAGAGACAUAAUUUGCAGUCCGGGCCCAAUGAUAACGAGAAGCCAUACAUAGAGGAAGUGGUGGUAGAAUCAGUCUUACAAGUGAGGACGCCCACUGGACGCACCUCGCGCACCAACACGCAGCUGAACCUCCAGGACGGCUCACGGGUUGCCGAGAUGAAGAGAAGCUAGACUAUGACUAGACAUAAAUACUUACACUCAUGGUUACACUAACCUGCAAAACUAAGUGCUUUCACUACACUACACACUUACACGACAUACACAUUUUGUACACUUUUUAAAAUUAUAACAUCUCUUUGUUUAGAGUUAUAUACUGUCUGUUUUCUAUUUGUAUAAUAUGUACCUUAUGUGUGUGUAUAUUGUGUCCAAAUAAAUAGAUAAAUAAUAAACUUUUAAGUACACAAGAUAAACUUAAAUGAAAUUAAAUUUUAAAAUUGUAGUUGGUACUUCGUUUUGCAGGUCAGUGUAUAAUGGGAAUUUGUAAUAUUAAUUUAGACUAAGCAUUAAUAUAAAUAAUGACUAUUUUUAUAUAAGAGAUUUAUCUUUCUUUUUAUUAUUUUUUUUAAUAAAAUUUCAUUUCGUAUCGCCUUAGUAUCGCGAGAUGACAAGAUAGGACAGACUGUAAAAAGAAAACGAACCAGACAAGAAAAAUAGAAUUAUAAUUAUAUUUUGCGUUAUGUUUUUAUUGAAUGUUCAUAUAUAAAUAUACCUACCUACCUACUUUAUUGCAAAUCAAAAGAAACAAUCAUAAAUUAAUUAAUUUAAAUAUCUUGGUCACAUAGUCACUGAAAAUUUAUGUGAUAAUGCUGAUAUUGAGAGGGAGCGCAGAGGGUUAUCGGUACGUGGUAAUAAUAAUGUUGGCACGCAGGUUUGCUCAGCAGAAGUUAAAAUUACGCUGUUUAAGGCAUACUGUCAGACUUUUUAUGCGGGCAGCCUGUGGGCCAACUUUACACUUGGGACCUAUAACGCUCUGCGUAUCCAGUACAAUAAUGUAUUUAGGGCUCUGUUUAGGCUCCCUCGUUACUGCAGCGCCUCAGGCAUGUUUGCCGAUGCUGGAGUCGACGACUUAUAGGCGGUAAUUCGCAAAAAAGUUGGCUCUAUAGUAAGCAGAGUGCGAGGGAGCACGAACAGCGUCCUUAGGAUGGUGGGAGACCGGAUGGACUCCGCGCUGCUGGGCCGGUUCACCGAGCUGCACGUGUUGCGCCCGAGCGCACGGUGAGGUUGCCCAUCUGCUCAUUAUAUUAUCUACAUUACCUUGUUACUAACAUAGCAUGUAAGUUAGUCAUACUAACAUAUCUGUGGACUGUAGUCUGAAAAUAAAUGUUUUUUUUUUUUUAUUAAUAAAGACACUCAAUACUUUA